AGGCUGUGGAAGUAUUCGACAGUGUGCGCCACAACAACUUCAGAACGACCCCAGUCACCAGACCAAACGACUUCCGCACAUCUCCUAUCGCUGAUCGUGAUUUGAGACGGAUCAAUACCCCCACAUCGUAUUCCUUCAACACGGGCCAAGCCACUACAACACAAGCGAGGACGCCUGUUGCCGUGUCGCAAAGCGGGCUCUCACAGCGCGUGCACGCUACACACGCGCAUGGUGCCUAUAGGUGAUCAGUGACCAUGUCUCUGUAGGUAACCGUGCCUCUAUAGGCGACCGUACGUUCUGUGUCUGAGGAUGAAUAUACGCUUAUUAGAACGUUGCUAGAUGUAUGCGCCCAGCGGUUUGGUUAUGACCAGCCCGACCGCUUCCCAAACUCAGAUGGUGCACUUCGGUGUGUCUGACACUGACCGAAUCUGAGCCCGUACUUCGCAGGCUAUCACUGGGCUCUAUGCAGAAGCAGGUCUGCACUGUAUGAGACCAGCGCUGGAGUUUGGACCACCGGGGCUACUCACAAUCCAAAUGUCGUCUUCUCGUCGGAUAGCAUUAGUACAUAUACGCUGGUACGGGGCACCGGCCAAAUCUGCGGGGAGGUUUGUAUCGCAAUAGGUGUGAGAUUGCUUCUUGGCCUGCAUCCUAAUCAUUGGGGUGUCAGGCGGUAAAGCUAGUAUGCUCCGUCCAAAAUGCAUACAGUUAAAAUGUCGAUACCUUGCCCAAAGAUAUAGAGUACCGUCAGCAAAACACCGGCGUUUUGCCUGGACCACAAAAGUCCAAUCCGGCGAACAAAUGGCAGUGUGACUGUAGAAACGUUCACCAUAACUCAGACUAGAAAAUGAAUAUAACAGGCCAUAACACAUCUCUCAAAACCAACACGAUAAUUGGCGGAGAGUGGUUAUUUGCUGUCAACGUUGCACUAUUACGUACAAAC